UGUGGAGGUGGGGGGCAGUGCCCUGUCUUGGCCCCGGGGGUCUGGCCUUCAGGUGCAAGCCAGACUGGACCGCAGGGAGACGAUCUGGCUGAACGGGAUGGCAGAGGGACGAUGUCUUCAGGUCACAGCAGGUCAUAUGAGCGGUCCAGGUCUGAACGAGGACAUCGCCAUAGUGGCAUGUGUGGGAACAAAUCACACUUUGAUGCUGGAUGUGCAGAAAAGAGACGGCAGAAGCAAGCCUGAAACUCUAGGCAGCGUGUCAGUGGGAUCUGCCAAUCAGAGGCUGAUUCUGAGAGCAAAUGGCUGUUUGGAAAGUCUAACUGCAGUCGAGGCACGUAUUCAAUAUUUAUGUUCUCAAUUUCGGAAUAAGCUGUGGGAGAGAAUCAAGACAUUUCCGCAUCUCCUUGUUGAAUUCAAACGACAGUCCAGAGACAGUGAGUUGCUCCAGGAGCUGAGCUUUGUGCCCCUUCAUGUUUCCCAGCGAGUGGAGGCUCUGCUGGGGCACAGAGACAGGGGUUUGUUGGCGCUGUGGCAGAACAGCCCCCUGCGUUGCAUUGUGACAGGCAGCCUGCCUCGCUUUCUUGGCCUGCUGCAGCACGCCUCCCUGCUGGGACAACAGGAAAUGAGGAGGCCCCUUGCUACUCUGGCAGGUGUGUACCAGGAUGUGAAGGGCCAGAGGCCAGAGGCGUUGUGGAGGGAGGCUGUUUCAUUGUGGACUGACGGGCUGGUGGAGGUUCUACCUGUGCUGUUGGAUAAUCCUCAGCUGAGGCCGCUGGUUCAGGCCAGUGUCACCACACUCAGCGUCGCCCUGGAAGUGGCAGGUCAGCAUACCUACCACUGGGUGGAGACCAGGCUGGCAAUGGCUCUGUCUGGAGUCAGGAAACAACUGGCCUCUGUCUACAAAUUCUCCCCCAGUGAGUGCUCAGUGAUUGCAUCAGUGCCGCUGCCACUGCUUCACUGGUCCAGGGUGUCCGAGGCUGGACUGGUGGAGAUCCUUCUGGAGGAGUGGCUCCUGAGGCCCCUGCAAACCCUCGUCUCCGUUAGACCCAUAGCUGAGCUCUACCACCUCAAAAGGAAGAUCAUGGACAGCCCAUUUAUACACCAAGCUCUGCUGGUGGCGGAUCAGUUUGUAGUGACAUUUGACGGUCACCUGUAUGAGCUCCCGAGCUCCUGUCCGCUGCUGCUUGCUCAAGACAUCAGCGCUGACCCGUUAUUCACGUUGGUGCUCAGGUCUGACUCACACAACCUCCUUCUAAUAGGAAUGAAUAACAACACCAUCAACAUUCAGCACAAUGGACAGGUGAAGGCCAGCUGCAACAACGCUGUAACGCACACAUUUCAAACUGACUAUGGAGUGGCUGUCAGAAGCGCGUCAAACAUUGUGCAGGUGUCCAGUCAGAAUGGAGCGUCAGUUUCAUGUGACCUGUUGCUUGAGGUGUGCAGUUUCGCUCUUGAUGGAUGGUUGCAUGGCACGUCCACUGGUCUGUUAGGGACUAAUGACAAUGAGGCAGGGAAUGAUUUUCCUUUGCCUGACGGAUCUCAAGCUGAAAACCUAAACAGUUUCUUCUACAGUUGGCAGAUGAAACCGGACUGUAUUAAACCGCCAGGUGUAACAGAGCACUCUCCUAAACCAGCCUCAAGCCCUGUGAGCUGCCACUUUAUGUUCUCGUCUCCCGAUUCUCCGCUGAGUUCUUGUUUCAGGGUGGUGGAUCCCGGUCAGUUCUUGUCGGUGUGUGAGUUGAGCUCCUCCAGAGCCCCCUGCAGAUUGACAUCUGCUUUUGUUCAUCUAUGCCAGCAGAACUACAUACCUCUGGAGGUCCCUGUUCAGUGCUUGAAAGUAUAAAGGAAGGACAAGUUAAGGAAGAGCAAAGAUGGGCGAUUUUUGACACUUUUAUACCACUGUUUGUGCUACAUUACUAAUAUACUUAUGUUUUGUAAAAUACAGUACUACAUUGUAUAGUUACACAUUAUUAUACAACCUGUAAUGUACAUUUUAUUCCUGUUUAGACAUGCAGAUAUUGUGCCAGUAAUGUGAAUGUGAACAUACUAACUAUAGCGAGU